AAAAUAAAUAAUUUUCAAUUAUAUCAAGGGAAUCAUAGGCGGAAGUCGGCGGCGACGAUGCCUCCCAUGAUCUUCUCUUCUAUUUGAAAAAAAAAAAAAAAAAACAAGCAUACCCAGCAAUAGAGCAGAGAGGAGACGAUGCCUUUCUCCUCUUACAUUGGUGGCAACGCCCGCCGUGGCAACGUGUGGCCCAGCUCACUUCUCCCCACCAUCUCUCCCACUCCGACUAGAUCAAAACACCCAUCAAGAAAGUCACGCAAAAGGACGGCUCUGAUUAACUUCAUCUUCACAAACUUCUUCACCAUCGCUCUUUCAAUCUCUCUCUGCUUCCUUUUGAUUACCAUCCUCCUCUUUGGCAUCCCAAAACCCCUCCUCUCCUCUCCUUUUAAAUCCAAGCCUCCUUCUUAUUACAGGGUCCGGAAUAGAAAGCCACCCCAGAAUGACAACAGCAACGGAAACAGCAGCAAUAACUUCAACGGGAAGGAAGAUGGAGCUGGUGGGGCUACUGUGGAUAUAACCACAAAGGGUUUGUAUGAUAGGAUCCAGUUCUUGGAUGAGGAUGGUGGGCCGUGGAAGCAAGGUUGGAGAGUGAGCUAUAAAGGGGAUGAAUGGAAUAGUGAGAAAUUGAAGGUUUUUGUGGUGCCUCAUUCGCAUAAUGAUCCAGGCUGGAAGCUUACUGUGGAGGAGUAUUAUGACAUGCAAUCUAGGCAUAUACUUGAUACAAUUGUCCACACACUUUCUAAGGAUCCUCGUCGGAAAUUCAUAUGGGAAGAGAUGUCUUAUUUGGAGAGAUGGUGGAGGGAUGCAUCAGUGGAAAAAAGAGAAUCGUUUACCAAUUUAGUCAAGGCAGGACAGUUGGAAAUUGUUGGGGGCGGUUGGGUAAUGAAUGAUGAGGCUAAUUCGCAUUACUUUGCCAUAAUCGAGCAGAUUACAGAAGGGAAUAUGUGGUUGAAGGACACAAUCGGGGUUGUUCCUAAGAAUUCAUGGGCAAUAGAUCCAUUUGGUUACUCUCCCACCAUGGCAUAUCUGCUUCGUCGUAUGGGUUUCGAGAACAUGCUUAUUCAAAGAACCCAUUAUGAGCUGAAGAAGGAACUUGCUUUGCAAAAGAAUUUAGAAUACACAUGGCGUCAGAGCUGGGAUGUUGAGGAAAGCACUGAUAUUUUUACACACAUGAUGCCCUUCUAUUCCUAUGAUAUUCCUCAUACUUGUGGACCAGAGCCUGCUAUUUGUUGUGAAUUUGAUUUUGCUCGAAUGCAUGGCUUUAAUUAUGAACUGUGUCCAUGGGGCAAACAUCCAGUGGAAAUCAGCCAGGAAAAUGUUCAGGAGAGAGCACUAAAGCUACUGGAUCAAUACAGGAAGAAAUCAACUCUGUACCGGACUAAUACCCUCCUUAUUCCUCUUGGUGAUGAUUUCCGUUACAUCAGUAUUGAUGAAGCAGAGGCUCAGUUUCGGAAUUACCAAAUGUUAUUUGAUUACAUCAACUCCAAUCCCAGUUUAAAUGCAGAGGCAAAAUUUGGUACUUUGGAUGAUUACUUCCGAACUCUUCGUGAAGAGGCUGACAGGAUAAAUUAUUCUCUUCCUGGAGAGGUUGGCUCUGGUCAGAUUGGGGGUUUUCCAUCUCUAUCAGGUGACUUCUUUACUUAUGCUGAUAGGCAACAGGACUAUUGGAGUGGCUAUUACAUCUCAAGGCCUUUCUUUAAGGCUGUUGAUCGGGUACUAGAGCAAACACUUCGUGCUGCAGAAAUAAUGAUGGCUUUGUUGCAUGGUUAUUGCCAGAGAGCACAAUGUGAAAAAUUGGCCACAGGGUUUGCCUACAAGAUGACUGCUGCGAGGAGGAAUUUAGCUCUUUUCCAACAUCAUGAUGGGGUAACUGGCACGGCUAAGGAUCAUGUUGUUCAGGACUACGGAAUUCGGAUGCAUACUUCUUUACAGGACUUGCAAAUUUUCAUGUCCAAAUCAAUUGAAGUACUCCUUGGUAUUCACCAUGAAAAGUCUGAUCAUAGUCCAUCCCAGUUUGAGUCAGAACAGGUGAGAUCUAAAUAUGAUGUUCAACCAGUGCUUAAGGCAAUCAAUGCUCGUGAAGGAACUUCACAAUCUGUUGUGCUUUUUAAUCCCUUGGAGCAAACUAGAGAAGAGGUUGUGAUGGUCAUUGUUAAAAGGCCUGAUGUUACUGUUUUGGAUUCAAACUGGACUUGUGUCCCAAGCCAAGUGUCCCCUGAAUUGCAGCAUGAUAAAAGCAAGAUUUUUACUGGGAGGCAUCGUCUCCAUUGGAAAGCUUCUGUUCCUGCCAUGGGAUUGCAAACAUAUUAUGUUGCUAAUGGUUUUGAGGGAUGUGAAAAAGCGAAACCAGCAAAACUAAAAUACUUCUCGAUGUCUAAUUCAUUUUCUUGCCCUGCUCCGUAUGCUUGCUCCAAAAUAGAAGAAGGCGUGGCUGAAAUUCAGAAUCAACAUCAAACUCUCACCUUUGAUGUCAAGCAUGGUUUGUUGCAGAAAGUAACUAAUACAGAUGGUUCCAUGAAUGCUGUGGGUGAAGAAAUAGGAAUGUACUCUAGUCGGGGAAGUGGGGCCUACCUAUUCAAACCCAAUGGUCAUGCUCAACCUAUCAUUGAGGCUGGUGGGCACAUGGUGAUAUUUGAGGGUCUAUUGGUUCAGGAAGUGUAUUCUUAUCCUAAAACGACAUGGGAAAAAGCCCCCAUCUCCCAUAGCACUCGAAUUUAUAAUGGAGAUAGCACUAUGAGGGAAUUGCUUAUCGAGAAAGAAUACCAUGUUGAGCUUCUUGGCCAAGAUUUUAAUGACAGGGAAUUGAUAGUUAGAUACAAGACAGAUCUUGAUAAUAAAAGGAUUUUCUUUUCUGAUUUAAAUGGCUUCCAGAUGAGCAGGAGAGAGACUUAUGAUAAGAUACCCCUGCAGGGGAAUUACUACCCUAUGCCUUCUCUAGCAUUCAUGUUAGGAUCCAAUGGCAAGAGGUUUUCUGUCCAUUCUAGACAGUCACUGGGUGUGGCCAGCCUUAAAGAUGGAUGGUUAGAGAUUAUGCUUGACCGCCGUUUGCUAAGAGACGAUGGACGUGGUCUUGGGCAAGGAGUGAUGGAUAAUCGUCCAAUGAAUGUGAUCUUUCACCUUCUUUUUGAGUCUAACAUUUCUUCCACUUCAGAUCCUGUUUCCAAUCCUCUUCCCCUCAGCCCUUCUCUUCUCUCACACUUAGUUGGUGCUCACUUGAAUUAUCCAUUGCAUGCAUUUGUAGCGAAGAAUCCCCAGGAGUUAUCUGUGCAACCACCUCCAAGAUCCUUCUCACCUUUGGCUGCUCCCUUGCCUUGUGACUUGCAUAUGGUGAAUUUUAAAGUUCCCCGGCCAUCAAAAUAUUCUCAGCAGCUGAUUGAAGAUCCUAGGUUUGUCCUGAUCUUACAGAGGAGGCAUUGGGAUACUUCAUACUGUCGAAAGGGUAGAUCUCAGUGUACCACUGUUGCUAAUGAACCUCUAAAUCUUUUCAACAUGUUCAAGGGGCUUGAGGUGUUGAAAGCAAAGGCAACUUCUUUGAAUCUUUUGCAUGAAGACAUAGAGAUGCUUGGAUAUAUGGAGCAGGUUGCGGAUGUGGGUCAAGAGGGACAUGUAGUCAUCUCUCCCAUGGAAAUACAGGCAUACAAGUUGGUACUACGGCCACACCAGUAAAUGCAGAACUUGAUGCGACUACAAUGUCUUUUCUGGUGUGUUGAUCAUAUGUGUGUCAGUGGCAAAACAGAACAACUUUUCUACCUUACCGAACACGAUCCAACUUCAUGAGCAACCAUUUAUACGUUGCUAUCCCAUGAAAUAUCCGACUGUCGAGGCUGUAUUGGAAUCAGGUCCCUGUGCGUAGCAGUGGCAUGAGCAUCCGAACGAUUAAAUGGAGUGGUGUAAGUUCAGCUAUAAUUUUGUAUGGAAGGUUUCGAUGCAGUAUUUUUGUUUUCUAUUUUUGUGGAGGAUUCCUACAUUAAUUAGAUGAAAGAAAAUUUUACAAGUGACCUGUUUAAGAGAUCGUCAUUUGUCUCUUCCAGAACUAAGGCAAACAGUGAUGAAAUUAGAGUUUUUUCUGUAUACGCUGUGGCCUUGGGUUUAUUGUUAGUGUGAUGCCUUUUCUUCUAA